UCCACUUAAACGAUGAUCCGUAGAACGCCGUUGAUAAAUCCUGGGCGUUAACGUAAAGCCAAAUCGUGUGUCUGUUUCGAAAUCUUGUCUCCGUAUUGUUCCUCAUGCUGCCGAGCCGGUUUCGGUAGAAAAUGGCGUCGACCGAACUAGAUGUGCCAACGAUUGAGAUCAGCUUCGACACACCGAACAGAGAUCGAUUUCUACGCGAUGAUUUCCACAACAAGCGUAGCUCCUACUCGGUCCUUGGCCGUGGUAGUUACGGUGUCGUUAUCCGAGCAUCCUACCGUGGCCGUCCGAUCGCGGUGAAGAUCCUCGAGAAGCGUCUGUACCGUCACCGUCAGCGUUACGAUUCCCUGCUGAAUGAGGCAAACGCACUACGCGUACGCCACGACAACAUCGUGACCGUGCUGAAGAUCGUCCCGGGUGAUCAGUAUGGGUUGGUAUUAAUGGAGCGCUUCGAUGGACACUGUCUGCAAUAUAUUCUAGCCAGCCAGCGCCCUCAAUCGAUCGCGAUUCAACACAAACUGUUGAUUUUGUGCGAUAUUAUCAAUGGAUUAUUUUUCUGCCAUCGGCACCAGAUUGUGCAUCUAGACGUGAAGCCACAGAACGUGAUCGUUACGCUAAAUUCGUCGGCUCCGAUCCACACCAACGCACCGGCGCCGCCAGAGUGUCUACGAUUAAGGCAAUACCUAUGCAAGCUGUGCGAUUUCGGUUCCUCGAUGAUGCUGACCUCCUGGCAUCGAAGCGAAACCCUAGUCAACCGUGGCACGAUCCGCUACAUGGCCCCGGAGUUGCUGCGUGGCCCACAGCAACAUCGGACCAUUACAGAGAGGGCCGAUAUCUAUUCGUUUGGUGUAACGAUGUGGCAGCUGAACGAGGAACGAUUCCCGUACGAGGACAUUGCAUGUAACGAGGUGGUUGCGUACAACGUCGUCAAGAAAGGUUUGCGCCCGGAUAGCGUUACUACGGCGACGCCACUUGGGAAACGUUUCCGUAGCCUACUGGCGAAAAAUCGUUGCCUACACGGUAGCUUACUAGUGCCAGCUUCACUAUUUGGCGAAUCGGCACUGGCCACACGACUCGAAUCCGAUGCCGUUGACGACGUUCUCAAGCGGGAAGGUAUUGCGGUCGAACGUUCGGAGCAGCUGAAGCAGGUGGUACGAAAGAUAUCGCUUGGUGCGAUGUGCACCGUGCCAGAUUCCGAUGUCGACUCCGAUGGCGACGAUCGAUUGGCUGCCAAACGGAUUGCGGCUCUUUUUUGCGAUCAUUUUAGCAUCCCGGCCAACGAGAGGGCCGCUAUCCGGCAGAUGAUACGAACCCUGUACGCCAAGUGCUGGCUGACCGAUCCACCGAGUCGUCCGGAUGCGGCCACUGUUCGCUCCUCGCUACACCAGAUGCUGGAACGGAUCGUCAACUGUAAGUGCGUCGAAUAACAUCGGCCAGUCGGCCAGGCUUUUUCCUUUUUGGUUUUUUAAAAAGUUGUUUGUUGCCCCUCUCAUUUCCGCCCCUCAGA